AGGGAUUUGCUGCAGACGCUGACGGAUGACGAGCUGCACACGCUGGAGCGGAACCUCUGCAUUUCCCACGACGUGGAGUUCCCCCUCCGCGCAGACGUGCCGGUGCCCCCGGCCCUGGCGCCCGCCUUCCCGGCGCCCCUCCCGCCCGAGGAGCUGCUCCCCGCCAAGGGCAAGGACCUGGAGGCCGAGCUGGCCUGCUCCAUGCAGUACGACGACCAGGAGCUGGAGCAGCUGAGCCGCAUGGUGCACCGGGCCGGGGACGCCAUGUCCUCCCUGCUGUCCCCGCCCAGCGCCUGCCAGUCCCCCGCACGCAGGCCGGGCAGCGAGGGCAGCCCCCGGGUGGAGGCCUCCCCGGGCCGCAGGCUGCGGCCCUCGGGCAGCGACGAGGAGGAGGGCAGGGUGUUCUUCAUGGACGAUGUGGAGGGGGCAGCCGAGGCCCCGGGCAGCCCCUCCGUGUGGCCGGGUGGCCCCCGCGCUGACUCCCAGGAGAGAGAGCAGGGCCGGGAGGCAGGGGGCAGCGUGCCCGCCACCUCGAAGGACGAGGACGACUUGAGCAACAACAACAACAUCCCCGACCAGGACAAGGCCUGGGCGUCGGGCCCCAACUCCUGCAGCUGCCUGGACGCCCAGCCGCACCUGGACGGCUGGGAGGCGACGGCGGACGAUGCGGAGACCGCGGAGAUGAUCGCCCACCGGACGGGGGGCAUGAAGCUCUCGGCCACGGUCAUCUUCAACCCCAAAUCGCCGGCCGCCCUGGACGGCGCCGUCUCUGCCCCGGAAGCGGCCGGAACCGGAGCCUCCCCGUCGGAGACCGUGGCCGAGGGGACAGAGGGCCCCCACAAACUCGGCGCCGCGGCCACCAGCUGCCUCCUGAACUCCUGCGUGUGCUGCGGGGGCUGCCGGGGCGGCAGGGAGGAGGCGGCCGAGAGCCUGCUGGACAAGUGCAGCCCGGGCGUCAUCGGCACCUCCUAUGUCGGCUCCGGCUUGGCCAAGGGCGGGGCCAAGAGGCCGGAGGAGGCCCAGCCUGCCCUGGAGGCACUGCCCGCGGGGCCCCCGGGCCCCCUGCCCCCAGAAGACACCCCCGACCGGCAGGAGCCCAGAGCCCCUGCUCCCAGCAAGUGCCUGGCACUCACCUCAGGGCCCGUGAUGGAUGCAGCAGACAGGCUGCCGGGCGGUGGCCAUGGCGGUCAGCAGGAGGAGCCCGAGGCCAGACAGCCGGACGGUGGACAGCCCUCCGGGGCCGGGGAGGGCAGCCGCAGCCUGUCGGGCCCCAGGUGACAGCCCGAGGACACCUGCUCUGUCUGGAGCCCCCUCCUGCCUUCCUGACGUGUCCAGCCAUGGACGCGGCUUGUGCACGACACGCCUCAGCCUCCGGGCCUCAUCAGCUCAGUGCCCCGCCGAAGCUGGGAAAAGGAAGAGAACCCACAGAGAGCCCCAUGAAAGCCUCGAGAGACGCCCCAUCCUCCAGGAUUUCCAUAGGUGCAGGGGUCCGAGGGAGGAAGACUGUGGUAGGCGGCCAGCUGACUGGACAGCCCUGCGUCUGGGUCAGGACCUUGGACAGCGGCGCCCGGGCUCAGCACUGCGUCGGGGAAGCUGGGAAUCCGGCCAGCAGGUGGCGCUGUCGCACCCACAGGCCGGGCUCCCGGGGAGCGAGGCUCAUUCACACCCGGCUCAUACCUGGGCGGCCCGAGACCCACCCAGCGACCAGGCGGGGCGCCGACCUCAGGGGGCCUGAGGAAACACGGGGCAUUGGGAAGACAAGCAUGAAAGAUCAAGCAGCCUGCUGCCCAGCCACAGGCAGGACGUUCACAACAUUCCGACGGCGAGACGCCUGGACCUGGCUGGCAUUAGGUGAUGGCAGCGGCCCCGGGGCAGUGCAGCUGGUCACCCCGCCUGGCAGACGGAGAGACAGGCCCCAGCGGCUGUGCCUGAGCCCAGCGCGCCCGCAGCGCGAGCCCGUUCCGCCCCCUGGCGCUGUGUCAUGUGCCCUUCGUGGGACCAGCGUCAGCCUGAUCUGACCCUGAGGCCCGGCUGUCCAGCAGGUGCUCCUGGGGCCCCUGCAGCGUGUGCCUGAGGAGGGAACACGGGCCGCCCUGCACUCACGGUCACGGGCUCCUCAGACCCGCGGCCACACCUGGACACGGUGCCAUGAAGGAGACGCCCGGGACGGUCUGCUUGCUCUAAGGGCACCACCGGGAGCGUGUUUCCCCCGCUGAGCAGAGCACGGCCCAGGUGGAAGGCCGGCUGUCCGGGUCCUGGAGGAGGGUCCAGCCGGGAGGAGCCCCUCUGCAGCAUUUCCCUGGCCCAACCUGCGCCCUGUGCUCCCAGCUGUCCCGGCAGAACGGAACGAUGUCCUCAGCUCUUCUUGCUGCUUCUUUCCUCACCUUUUCAGGGCCACAG